AUGCUGAACCGAAGAGUGGAAGAAAAGAAUAACUCCUUGGUUGGGGUAUUCAAAAACAACGUUCGGUGGUCCAAGGUGAAAAAAUGGCCGACAGAUCUUCUAUGCGAACAUGCCAACGUCCACAGUCUGGAGCUGUUCUCGGUUUUCUUCCACCAUCGCUCCUUCGGCUUCGCCUCCACCGACAAACUCUCCACCUCCGAGCGCGCUGGAGAACACACCAGACUGAACUCCAGCAUACGCCGCAGCACCAAGCACCGCCACGCUCCCUCCCGCGGCGGCCAGACCAAUGACGGUAGUAUUCUGAUCGCUCGGAGGCUCCACGGGAGCUGUGGUGUGAGGCACAGUCGGUUGGAUAGAAAUUGUGCGAGUGGAUGUCGAAGGUGUGGUAGUCAGCUCUUCCGCGGCUGUGCUUGUAGUCAGCUCUGCUGUGGUCGCGCUGGUCGUGGUGUCACUGGCGGGGCUGCUUGUCUGUUCACUAGCGGGUAUCGUGAUCUGUUCAUUGGUCUCAGAAGUUCCAGCAGGAGCGGUAGUCUGUGUGGGUUGUGUCUGAGGUCGGGUUCUUCGAGUGGUGGUAGUCUGCUCACCAGUGAGCGUGGUAGUCUUCUCCUCGACGGACGUUGUAGUCUGCUCACCUGUGGGCGUCUCCUCACGAGCGUGAGUGGUAGUUCGCGCGGUAGUGGUAGUCUGUGUGGGUUGUGUCUGAGGCCGGGUUCUACGGGUGGUGGUAGUCUGCUCACCAGCGGCCGUGGUAGUCUCGGGAGUUCCAGCAGUUGUUACAGCCGUCGUGGCAGUCUGCUCUCCACUGGGAGUGGUAGUCUCAAGAGUUACAGCAGGCGUGGUAGAUAG